CAAAGAGAGACGUAGCGGAGAGUGGGCCUGGUGCACGCAUCGGGGUAACGCUAGGAUCACGUUCUGUUUUACCUGUCCUUGUCACAGGUAACAACAUCACUAUCGUUUCUCACCUGGGCUUGCAUGAUUUUUAAGACUAUGAAGAUGUCACUAGAGGGUCCCUAGAGGGCGGUGGAUGUAUUGUGAGGAGCUUUGUAUAGGUGUGAGGUCACUGGUGAAAUACCUGUCUGAAAUUAUUGCUUGGGCUGUCAGCUCAAAAUAACCUAUUCCAGCCUUUUUACUGUGCUCAACACUUCAGAGUUCUCAUUGUUCACCGCCGUCAGCGUUUACCUGGCUCAGUCUUUGGUAGGCCCAGUGUUUACCCGGCUCAGUGUUUCAUACCGGGUUAAGUGUUCUGUUGGGCUUGUGAGAAAUUACCUCCAACAUGGCGACAGUGGAGGAGGCUCAAGCCGAAAGAGGCAAGAAUCGUCUGGGCUACCUAUUCCAGCCUUACAGAGACGACAAAAAGUGUCAUCGGUGUAAGGAAAAUGUUUACCAAUACGAAAAAAUCGGACCCAUUAACGGGGUGGUGUUUCAUUCCACGUGUUUUCGAUGUUUUGAGUGUGGUCAGUUUUUGACGAUGAAAACCUGCUGGUCAAGCCAAACGGACACAGAGGACAACGAGGUGUACUGCCUUACCCAUCACCCCAGGGUGGGGGCUGUCAGACUGGACAAUAAGGCGCUAGCCAUUAAGAGUGCUGUGGACAUUCAGAAGGAUUUCCGCAAAGGCUACACCAAGUCAAAUGAGCAAAGCAGACCGCACAUGGACGCCAGUGCUAUGGGCAUUAAACAGGCCAUGAACGCCCCAAGGGCAGGUAACCUACUGAACGAGCAAAACUCGGGAAAACAUCGCGCCCAGAUCGACGCCAGCGCUCUUCACAUACAGGGGGCGCUGCACGCGCAAGCGCUACAGAAGAGAUACCAGAAGAACUUCGAUAAGCAUCACUAUCCUGCCCACAUCGUGAAGAAGAGGCAACAGAUCUUCGACGCUCAGAAGAAGUUGGAAGAACAAUUAAGAAAGGAAGAAGAUGAGCUGUACAGAACGUUUAAGGCCAAUCGAAAGGAAGAGGCCAAAAAGUUGUCGGCCGAAAUCGACCAGGAAUGGGAAAAUAGGCUGAAAGAGCUUACAGAGAAGUUUGAUCGAGAAUAUGAGAAAAAGAACAACAGAAAACUUGACAAGAAGGCAAUGACUAUGCAGUUUGAAAGCCAAAAGAAAGAUCUGGAAACAACGAUGACUCUCAAACGAGAAAAGAAGAAACAAAACAUGACCCUCCGCCUGAGAGAAAAGGAACAGAGCAUGACGUCAUCAUUGGUGAAAAAACAAAGUGAACAGAUGUUGAGUCUUAUCGCUCAGAAGAAGAAAGAAUUGAAGGAAGAACUGAAGAAGGAGAUCGAAAAACAACAGGCUAUGGAGCUUGCCUCAGCCGACAAAGGCACAGAGACCCCUCACCUUAAUGGUGGUGCUGGGGUGGAGAUGUUACCGGAGGAUGUCACCAUGGAUGUCACCCUGGAUGAGGCUUUGGACACCCUGAUCUCCCCAGCCACCAGCGAACCACCCAAGCCCUAUCCGCCUAAGUUCCGUAAGAAACAGCUCUACUCCGACGUCAGCGUCUUUGACGAUAUCGAUGACAUGGUCAUUAAAGUGGCGCAGAAUGAUCAGCUGACUUACACCGAUCUUGUCCGACAACUGACGGAAACACUCGUCAGCGACUUGGAGAAAGCCCGAGCCAUUUAUAGGUGGAUUACCGUGAAAGACUUGAACGUGAUGGAAUUCGAUGACGUCGUGGAUGCUGACACACCCAUGGGGCUCCUUAGGGGAAUCAAAUACGGCACAGAAACAUAUCACACCCUCUUCAUGAGGCUCUGCAGUUAUGCUGGACUGCCUUGCGUAGAGGUCAAAGGACACUCAAAGAGUGUUGGUUACGAGCCGGGCAUGAAGAUCCACCCCGAGACUUUCCAGAACACAUGGAACGCUGUGCUGGUGGACGGAGACUGGAGACUGGUUCAGUGUAAUUGGGGAGCCAGACAUUUGGUUCUAAACAAAGACAAGGACUCUGAGAAAAGCAAGAAAAAGGACACUAUCCGGUAUCAGUAUGACGAGCACUACUUCCUGACCGACCCAGACGAGUUUAUACAAGAGUUCUGGCCUUAUGAACCCGAGUGGCAGCUCCUAGAGAAACCCAUCACACUGGACGAGUUCGAGAAACUUCCUUUCGUUCGUUCCAUCUUCUUCCAUCACUGCAUGAGGUUCGAGGGUGGCAAGAAGGCCGUCCUGGAAACGAACGAAAAAGGCGGUGUGGAUAUCACCAUACGUAUACCCGAGAACCUGGAAGAUUCCCUGGUGUUUUAUUAUCAGUUGAGGUUCGCCGAGAAAGAGAAGCGCGGAGACACGAGUUACAAAGGAGCCAGCCUGGAACGCUUCGUAUACCAGACCAUGGUGGACAACUGCGUCAUGUUCAGUGUUCACGUGCCAGUCAUGGGAGAAUAUUUCUUUGAGAUUUUCGCCAACAAAAUCCAGGAUGCCAACAAAAUCGGACUGGACCCUAAUACGGCAGUGACUCCUUUCCGUCUGAAGUGUGCGUGCAAGUUCAAAAUUUGCUGCAAACAACUGACGGGUAAGAUGCAUCCGUUGCCGAACUGUGCGUCCGGAGAAUGGGGUCCAAAGAAAGCUCAGCGGCACUUUAAUAUCUUACCAUACUACGACAAACCAGCCAACGGCGAAAAGCAGGAAAACUACAAUGCCGGAAUUGUGAACGCCGAAAACGAUUUCGAGUUGAAAUUCACCAUUCCUAGACCUCUACAGUUCGUUGCUAAGCUCCGGAUGAACCAAGUGGAUGAUCACAUUUUGGAUCCAUUCGUGAACCUCUCCAUGCAACGAGACGUUUUGACGAUCUACGUUACCCUUCCGCAGGCUGGGCAGUAUGGAUUAGAUUUGUACGCCCGGCCCAAGGAAUCCACCGAUACCCACACCCUCUCACACGCCUGUAAAUACUUGAUCAACUGUAGCAAGGUGUUAGCACCCGUGGAGAUCCCCAAGUCGACGGGACCCUCUCUGGCCAUGAAUAAGGAUCGGUGGGGACCGACAGCUCUCUUUGAGAAAUACGGUCUGAAGACGCUGUCCCACAAGGAGGCCAAGAUAAAAGUCACCGACUCCAACCACGUCUCCGUGGAAAUCGGCCUGCCGGAGCGCGUCACCCUGACUUACCAGUUCAUCCGAGAGCCGGACGAGGACGAUCGCGAGUACGUGUCCAUGGUAAAGGAGAACGAAGGUAAAACGGCCAAGUUCCUUAUUAACAUGCCGAAGUCCGGCAAUUACAUGCUGGCGUUGUACGCCCGGCGUGACACGGAUGAGGCGAAGACGAUGAUGAACGUGUAUAACUACCUGAUUCAGUAUAAUACUGGCCAGCAGAGCAACGGGAACGGCCAUCUUCCCACGAACGGCAAGGAAGGAAAGGAGGGAAAAUCUUUCUUCAAGAAGUUGUCCAAGAAGUGAUCUAUUCUAGCGUGUCGAUAGUCGUGUUGACUUUACCAGAUACAAGCUAAAACCGCCACAGGCUAUAUAAAUAAGUUUUCAUGGAAGUACAAAAAAAUCUGAAGAAGAAUGAAAAACAAAACGGAGCCCAUCACAGCUAAGGUAAUCUUGUAACUGCUGAAAUGUCUGCCUACCAGUGCCACAGUGAGCAAUCUUCAUUAGGAUAAUUAGGAAAUAGAGCUACAAGGCGGCAUCCGAGAAGUGGGUAACAGUGAAUUAGUUGCCAAGAUGACAGUGAUUGUCUUUCUCUACACCCCCGCUUUUUAUCGUCUUAAACAUGCUAAAAGAGUUCCCAGGUUGCUGAUUCCAAACACAAUGGCCAUCUGCAUAUCCAUCGUUUACCAAAACCUUGUUUGAUCGAGUUGUCCCUGUCAGCCCUGCACGGACGUGAUGGCAGACUUCGUGAUGGCAGAGGUCGAGACACAUUUUGUAGACCGGAUGGAUCCAAGGGAUGACACACAUUCAUUCGAAAUGCUUGGACCGUCAAGUAAAACGCAACAGUCCUUCACAUACCGGUUUUAGACACGAUUUUUUUUAGCAGGCGAUAACAAAAAAAUCCGCCGGUGUUCAUUUUAUUACCACGACUGACUCGUACGUUGCGUCGGAGCCGUGGUCAAAGGUAUAGGGAUUCUGUGCUAUAUUUUAGUGAUAUACUUUGUAGUAUUUGUACGUUCAGUUAUUGUAUGUGCUGGUUUUUUUUUAUUCGUUGGCUUUAUUGAAGUAGACUAUUUAAAACUCGUUUCUUGUUGUUGCAGUUUGAAGCAUAGAUGAUCACGAAAUCGAUUGUUUACAGCCAUUAUCACAUCAGAGCAUUCUGCGUAAGAUAGAUAUCAGGCGGUCAGGGAAUCGUUUACACACAGGUAUUUGAAAUAGUAUUCGAACAAAUUGUGCCAUACACGGUAGUAUUUGCAUAUUUAAGACAAAAAAAAUUGUACAAAAUCUUAAAUUAAGUUAUAUAAUUUGAAUCAGCCGCGCUUCCCAAAUCAUUGUUAUAUAGAGUAGUUAUUACCAAAUUAAUUCAGAUAAAGGAAAUGUAAAAAUAAAUAUCUGUGUAUAAAUGAAAUUUAUUUUAGCCAGACUAUAUAAGGUUUAAACUUUGAGUUAAACACACUAAAGUACACUGUGGGCAAUAAUAUUGAUGUAGAUCAUUAUAUUAGACAUGUAACUAUCUCCGCCAAUGAAAAUACUUGU